GUGGGGCACCUAAUAUCCAACUUUGUCUGCUGUACCUAUGCUCCGAUAAAAAAGACUUAUCUUUUACAGCGCAGUUACAUAACUAUCUCACCAAAUUAUCAGACGUUAUUAGUGACAAUGAAACGGAUAUUUUUUUGGUUUUAGGUGACUUUAACAUGAGUUCUAUAACCUGGUCCCCUUCACAUGAAGGUUUUAUACCAAGUAAUUUAUGUUCUGAUUAUAUGAUAGAUUUUAUUGACACUAUUAAUACUUGCAACCUACAACAGUACUGUGAUAUCCGUAACGCUCAUGGCCGUAUCUUAGAUCUGGUCUUGUGCACCCGCGCGGUGUCGGUGCAGGCCUGUUUGGACCCGCUGGUGCCCGAGGAUCCCCACCAUAAGGCUCUGAGUAUCAAUGCAUCAUUCGGUAACUUUAAACCGUUAGCUAGUGUUCCGCACAAACGAUAUUCAUACAACCGUGGGGAUUACUCAGUAAUAAAUAAACUUAUGAGUAAGACGGACUGGACCAUCCUGUUGAGCGCAGCUGAUUUAAAUAACGCGGUUGAAGUGUUCUAUAAAUUUAUUUUUGAUUUAAGGGACACCUACAUUCCUACCCAUAGUCAGUCUAGGUUAAAGUACCCUCCAUGGUAUAACAGCUCUCUCAUAAAGAUGGUUAGAGAAAAGUACAAAUAUUUGAAAAAGUUUAAAAACUACAAAAAUUUAUCAGACGAAUCAUCGUUUCGCCUUCUGAGAGACCGAGUCAAUAAAACCGAGCGACAUUGUUUCUCAGCCUAUAUUUCAAACAUUGAAAAUUCUAUUAAAACAAACCCUAAGGCAUUCUGGUCGUACUUAAAAAGUAAAAACAAUAAUAGUACAUUUCCCUCUUCCAUGUCUCUUGAUGGUGUAACUUCUGACACUGGCCAAGGUAUUAGCGAACUUUUUUCAUCAUACUUUCAGUCAACUUUUUUGAACCACUGUAAUAGUAAUAUUUCCUCUAGCAACGCUAAACAGAACUUAUUUAAUAAUAUAGCCCCCUCUAACUCAAAUUGCGAUAUUGGCUCAGUGGAAAUCAAUGCAUCUGAGGUUGAGAGACUACUGCGUUCAUUAGAUCUGACCAAAUCUGCAGGGCCUGAUACCAUACCAGCCGCUUUCUUAGUAAAUUGUGCAUCUGAAUUAAGUGUACCGGUUGCAUUACUCUUCCAACGCUGUAUCAAUGAAGGUAUUAUGCCGUCUCGCUGGAAAGCCGCCUUUAUUUCACCAAUUCAUAAAAAGGGCUCCAAAGACUGCGUCGAGCACUACAGACCUAUAUCCAAACUGUGUCUACUGUCUAAGAUCCUGGAGCGCAUUAUCUACACGCAGCUCUACAGCGCUCUGAAGCAUACGUUUAGUCCAGCCCAACACGGUUUUCUUAAACAAAGAUCCACGGUCUCUAACCUUUUAAUUUUUAGUGACUUUGUUACAAGUAAUAUGGAUAACGGUGAUCAAGUCGACGCAAUAUACACUGAUUACAGUAAAGCCUUUGACCGAAUAGACCACUGUUUACUCCUGAACAAGCUUCAUCUUGCUGGCAUUAGAGACGACAUGAAAGUAUUUAUGGUCGUCAAUAAUGCUGCUGAUGCCUUAUGUCUGCAAGAGGAUCUAUGUAGACUUGACCGCUAUUGCGUGAGUAACAAGUUAGACCUAAAUGUCGCCAAGUGCUACUGUGUUACUUUUUCUAGAAAGAGACAUUUGUUCGAAGCUUCUUAUACAAUCAAAGGUCAAAACUUAGCAAGGGCGCUCUCAUCGCGUGAUUUAGGUGUCACCUAUGAUAGUAAAUUACUAUUUGAUCAGCAUAUUGACCAUAUUGUAAGUAAAGCGUCCAAAUCUCUUGGUUUUAUUAUGCGAGCCUCUAAGCCUUUUAAAUCAAUGAAGACUGUAAAGCUGCUGUAUUGUGCGUAUGUUCGAAGUCAUCUUGAAUAUGCCAGCCAGAUUUGGAACCCUCAAUACGAUGUUUACAUAAAUAGGCUGGAGAAGAUACAGAGGAAGUUCACACGCUACGUCGGAUUUAAAUUUAAGAUUCCCUACACCGACUACGAACACCGCUGUGAACGCCUCCAUCUCCUUCCCCUUAAACUCCGUAGGACAGUAGCAGACGUUAUUUUCCUUUUUAAAAUAAUUAGAGGUUACGUAGACUGUCCGGAGCUGCUCGAGAUGGUAAACUUCCAUGUUCCAACCAGACCAUCCAGGAAAUUUAAAACCCUCCACAUACCUGCUUGCAGCACUAAUUUCCGUAAAAAUUUCUUUUCCUUACGAGCAAGUAAUGCAAUUAACAGUCUCUGCAACUCAAGCGAGGUCGAUAUAUUUGGCAGUAGUUUGGAAACGGUCAAAGCAAUUUUUAUCCGCAAUUUCGUGUCGUCUUUGGCGUAGCGGCAGUAGUAGUGUAUUAUUAUUAUAUUAUUAAGCCGUGCACGUUGCUUUGUAUAAUUGUUUCAUGUCAUUGUAUAGGUAAGUAUUUGGUAUAUUUACUUUUAAAUGUAUUUAAAAAAAAACUAUAGAAAUUAUUUAUUAAUUAGUUAGUUAUUGAGUUAAAAUUUAGAUAGUUAAAUUACUAUAUUUACGUUUAAUAACAAAAACUAUGUUACAUUAUUGUUAGCAUAAUUAAGUAUGAGUGUACAAUCUUGUGAUCUUUAUAUUAUUAAGUUGUAUAUCAGUGAAAACUGAUCAUUGGCUUUUAGUUACACUUUACAAUUGCUAUCCAACUAUUAAUAGCUGUAAGUUUUCCUCAAAUGUAAAAUAAAAAAAAAAUAAAAUAAAAUAAAGU